GAUGACGACGUUGCUGCUGUCAAAAACGGUUCCCUCAGCAUUCACAGGGUUCGUAGGGGUGGUGAUGAUCCUCACAAGCGUGAAAUCACCACCCUCAAAAUGGAAUUGCAACAAAUUAUGAAGGGCAAUUACGAUUUCUUCAUGCAGAAGGAAAUCUUUGAACAACCCGAAUCUGUCAUUAACACAAUGAGAGGGCGCAUGAAUUUUGAAAAUGGAACUGUGACUUUGGGUGGAAUCAAGGAAUACAUCCCUGAAAUCAAGAGGUGCAGAAGACUUAUGCUGAUUGGUUGUGGAACAAGUUAUCACAGCGCCGUUGCUACAAGACAAUUGCUAGAAGAGUUGACGGAAUUACCUGUGAUGGUCGAACUAGCUAGCGACUUUCUGGACCGCACCACUCCUGUUUUCAGAGACGACGUUUGCUUUUUCAUUUCGCAGUCAGGAGAAACGGCUGACACUUUGAUGGCUUUGAGAUAUUGUAAACUGAGGGGGGCUCUAAUUAUCGGAAUCACAAAUACUGUCGGUAGUUCCAUCUGUAGGGAAUCUCACUGCGGAGUUCACAUUAACGCCGGCCCUGAAAUCGGUGUGGCGUCUACAAAAGCUUACACCAGUCAGUUCAUUUCCCUUGUUAUGUUUGCUCUAGUAAUGAGCGAAGACAGGCUUUCUCUGAGACAGAGGAGGCAGGAAAUCAUAACUGGUUUGAAAAAUUUGCAACAUCAAAUCGGUGAAGUUUUGAAAUUGGACAAUAAGGUCAAACUGCUGGCAGAGGACCUUUAUAAGAAGAAAUCGUUACUGAUAAUGGGUCGUGGCUUCAAUUUUGCAACUUGUUUGGAAGGCGCCUUGAAAGUCAAAGAGUUGACUUACAUGCACAGCGAAGGAAUCAUGGCCGGUGAAUUGAAACAUGGACCACUUGCUCUUGUUGAUGAAACAAUGCCUGUUCUGAUGAUAGUUAUGAGAGAUCCUGUAUAUAACAAAUGCAUGAAUGCACUUCAGCAGGUUACUGCCCGCUCUGGUAAACCCAUAUUAAUCUGUGAAGAAGGAGAUCAGGAAACAAUGUCCUAUUGUCAAAAGUCACUUGAGGUACCCAAAACAGUUGAUUGCUUACAAGGAAUACUGACCGUUAUUCCUAUGCAGCUUCUAUCUUUCCAUAUCGCCGUCCUCAAAGGAUGUAACGUAGAUUGUCCUCGUAAUUUGGCUAAGAGUGUAACAGUUGAAUGAUAAGGCUGUUAAUGUGUAUUUGGUUUCCAAACCUAUUCCAUUGUGGUUGAAGGUUAUAUUAAUCCAUUCACCUGUACUUUUUAAAGAAUAUAAUCAUCCUUUUGAGAGGAAUGUGUAUAAUUGAUGAUGAGAUUUGUAAAAUUGUAUUAUAAAAAUACUCAUUUCUUCAAACAAUGUGUAACUUCUUUAUGUUAUCUGUAUCAAUUUAUUAUAAAUACAGAAUUGUUUUAAAUCGUAUUUUUUUAUAAAAAUUAUAAUUUUCAAAUAUUCGUUAAUAUCUUGUCAUUUAAUUUAUUGAAUUGUGAAAAUUUCUAUAUUUGUUCCUAUUAUGUGAAAGUUUUAUAUUUUUAUUCUUGUAUAAUUGCUUAAGAUUUUUACAGAAGUAAAAUUAUUUACUAUUGU